GAUGAAACCGUUUUAUUGUUGUUCCCCCCGGCUCGCUGCAGUGAGCCCUUCCACCUCGUUCCACGUUUGAAUACAACGGAGGACAAUAGACUCCACGGAGAGAACUUUGGUGUCUGUAUCGAUCCGAGGGACAACCAUUUAACCUGAAUGGACUGGCAAUACUUCACUGAAAAGCAACUAGAGGUUAAGAAAACGAUCCAUCACCGCGGAGCACUGUGUCGGGGACCGAGUGUUGUCUGAGAUCUACCCAGACAUGGUUCACCGUCAGCCGGGAUCGUCAAGGACACUACUACCGCUUCUUUGAACUUUUACAAACCAACACCGAGAAGAAGGCAUCGGGGAUAAGAGCUCGUAGUCUGCUGUUUAUCAGACAGUAAAGGGAGUUUUAAUUAUGCCUGAUCAAAUCACAGUGUCUGAGUUUGUGGUGGAGACCAAUGAGGACUACAAGUCACCCACCGCCUCCAACUUCACCACCAGGAUGUCCCACUGCAGGAACACGGUGGCCGCACUGGAGGAGGCCUUAGAUGUGGACCGGAGCGUUUUAUACAAGAUGAAAAAGUCAGUGAAGGCCAUCUACACGUCUGGUUUGGCUCACGUUGAGAAUGAGGAGCAGUACACUCAGGCUUUGGAAAAGUUUGGAGAAAAUUGUGUGUAUAGAGACGAUCCCGAUUUGGGCUCGGCGUUCCUCAAGUUCUCCGUCUUCACCAAGGAGCUGACUGCGCUCUUCAAAAACCUGUUCCAGAACAUGAACAACAUCAUCACCUUUCCUCUGGACAGCCUGCUGAAAGGAGACCUGAAAGGAGUCAAAGGGGAUCUGAAAAAACCUUUUGACAAAGCCUGGAAGGACUACGAAACUAAAGUCACCAAGAUCGAGAAGGAGAAGAAGGAGCACGCGAGGCAACACGGCAUGAUCAGGACGGAGAUUAGCGGGGCGGAAAUUGCCGAGGAGAUGGAGAAGGAGAGGCGAUUCUUUCAGCUGCAGAUGUGUGAGUAUCUGCUCAAAGUCAAUGAGAUCAAAAUCAAGAAGGGAGUGGACCUGUUGCAGAAUCUCAUCAAGUAUUUCCAUGCACAAUGCAAUUUUUUUCAGGAUGGUCUCAAAGCUGUGGACAACCUGAAGCCUUCCAUUGAAAAACUAGCGACAGAUCUACACACAAUUAAGCAGGUGCAGGAUGAGGAACGCAAGCAGCUGACUCAGUUACGGGAUGUUCUUAAAACAGCGCUACAAGUGGAGCAGAAGGAGGAAUCGCAGGUGCGCCAAAGCACUACUUAUAGCUUACAUCAGCCACAAGGCAACAAAGAGCACGGCACUGAGCGCAGCGGCUAUCUUUACAAGAGAAGUGAUGGGUUGAGGAAAGUGUGGCAGAAGAGGAAAUGCACAGCUAAGAAUGGAUACCUCACGAUCCCACACAGCACGGCGAACAGACCGCCAGCCAAACUCAAUCUGCUCACCUGUCAGGUGAAGCACAAUCCGGACGAGAAGAAGAGCUUUGACCUCAUAUCACACGACAGAACGUAUCACUUCCAGGCCGAAGACGACCAGGACUGCCAAAUCUGGAUCUCAGUGCUCCAGAACAGCAAGGAGGAGGCGCUGAACCAGGCUUUCAAAGGCGACCAUCACGUCGGCGAGAACAACAUCGUGCAGGAGUUGACCAAGGCCAUCCUGUCUGAAGUGAAGAGGAUGACAGGGAACGACGUGUGCUGCGAUUGUGGAGCGCCCAACCCGACGUGGCUGUCCACCAACUUGGGCAUCCUCACAUGUAUCGAAUGUUCCGGCAUCCACCGGGAGCUGGGCGUCCACUACUCCAGGAUCCAAUCGCUCACUCUGGAUGUACUCAGCACCUCCGAGCUCUUGCUGGCCAAGAAUGUGGGGAAUGCAGUCUUCAAUGAAAUCAUGGAAGCAGGUUUAAGUGCCGAAAACGCAGUGAAACCCAACCCGGCCAGUGACAUGCAGGCGAGGAAAGACUUCAUCGUCGCCAAGUACACCGAGAAACGUUUCGCCAGGAAGAAAUGUCCCGACACAGCUUCGCGACUCCACACGCUGUGCGACGCCGUCAAAGCUCGUGACAUCGUUUCCCUCAUUCAGAUUUACGCUGAGGGAGUGGACUUGAUGGAACCCAUACCGCUAGCUAAUGGACAUGAGCAAGGAGAGACCGCCCUCCAUCUGGCUGUCAGGCUGGUGGACAGGACCUCUCUUCACAUCGUCGACUUCCUCACCCAGAACAGUUUAAAUUUGGAUAAGCAGACAGCCAAAGGCAGCACGGCGUUGCACUACUGCUGUCUGACUGACAACAGUGAAUGUUUGAAGCUGCUGCUGAGGGGAAAAGCCUCCAUAGACAUCCCUAACGAGGCCGGGGAGACGCCGCUGGACAUCGCUCGCAGGCUCAAACACCAUCAAUGUGAAGAGCUGUUGAACCAAGCCUUGGCAGGGAAAUUCAACGCGCACGUCCACGUGGAGUACGAAUGGUGCCUGCAGCAUGAAGACUUGGAUGAGAGUGAUGAAGAUCUCGAUGAGAAGCCCAGCCCCCACCGCAGAGAAGAGCGUCCGGUCAGCUGUUACACACCGAGCACAAACUCCCACCUGGCUAAGGACAAGCAACGCUCCUAUCUGCCAAAUUUGGUCAACAACGAGACCUACGGCACCAUCGUAAACAACAACCCACCUCAGCCCGGUCUGCCCGCCACCACCUCUGCGCCACCGCUACCCCCGAGAAACCUUGUCCAGUUGGCGGGCCUCGGCGGGAUGAAUCAGCCCUCGUCGUCAGGCAGCUGGAAGCCAGCUUCCAUAGACCUGGUUGGUCGGCAACGGUCGUCUUCGGAUCCCCCCAACAUGCACCCCCCGGCGCCACCUGUUCGGCUCACCUCUACAGCAGCUAAGCAUGACACAAGUUUGGGCGCUUCUCCUGCAGGGAAGAUUGACACAAUGAGUUUACACUCCAAGUCAAGUCAAGGAUCUGCUGGAUCUAGAAGCAGUCAACAAAAGUCGUCGGCAGGCAAUGAUAAAAGUUUCAACCGAACGCCAGCAAAUCGGACAGCGUCUAUCGAACGGCCAACUAAGGAAGUGCCAGUAUGCCCCCAGAACUCCAUAGGUCACGUUCUACCUCCAGCCCACCACUCCAGGAAGCCCUACACUAAGCACAGGCCGAAGCGAGUGAAGGCCAUGUAUAACUGUAUGGCAGACAACCCAGACGAACUGACCUUCUCGGAGGGCGAGGUCAUUGUGGUGGAUGGGGAGGAAGACCAGGAGUGGUGGCUGGGCCACAUUGAAGGAGAACCGAUGAGACGAGGAGCCUUCCCGGUCACCUUUGUACACUUUAUUGUGGACUGAAAUGUCACUGCAGGGGAGGUCAGCAAGUCCAAGUCUUGGUGACCGUGAUGACAUUCGAUGUGUUUUUGAACCUCUUGCUGUUUGUGACUAGAACACAAUUGAAAUGAUUGUCGUGAAGGACAUCUCACAAUAAAUACACUUUCCCUUGCCGCGCCGUCACACAUGAUGGAAGGUUGUGCACCACUCAAUUCCUCCUGCUCCUUCUCCUCCUUCACUGUACACGAGCAAAUCAAAAUCCAUUUAAAGAGGAGGUUGGCGUCACCAUGCCACUUUACAAACAUGCCCAACGAUGGCAGGAGGUUUCCCACUCGUACCAUUUUGGGAGAGGGGAAAAAAACAAUUGUGUCACGCUUGCUCUGCCUUAUAAUGAAAAAUGAACAACAACACUUUAUUUAUUCGUCAGAUGAUGAGGCUUUAUAUGGGUAAUAUAUGUGCGUGUGCUCCACCUGUCAUCUGCCUUAUUAAGCAGCUAGGUAAAUGUAAAAAUCAUAUCUGGCCUCAUUUUGAGUGCGUUCUUAUUUGGUCAAUGCAUAGAGAAUACUUUUGGAUGGCAAAGAGACAAGAAAAUGUCGAAAUACGGGAAAAAGUUAUUUUGUUCACUACAUUAAUAACCAAUGGUAAAUGUAUUGUUUGCAUAACUAAACAUGAUUCCGUUUAGAUUUUGCUAGAAAUUACAAAGAUCCUUUAGAAUGCUGCAAAAUUCUACUCCAUGUCGGACUAAUUUUCAAAAUGCAGAAAAAAAAAAACACCAAAAAUGUUCAUUACUGUAAUAUAUAACACAACUUUGUUUUUUGUAUCAUUUACAGAUACUCCGAAUUUGGCCAGAAUAAGAAUACUUUUGAAUGUACCUGUAUGUAUGCGCUCAUCCACGACAUGUUACCAUUCUGCCUUUACGUAGACUUUUCUUUGUGCGUUGACAUUUCGAUUGGCCCGCACAAGAAAAAUGCACGCAUAAGCGCCAUUGACGCCAGUAGAAUGUAUGUGUGUGUGUUUUAGACAUGUCAAACUAGUGGCUUUUUCAGCAACUAACAUCCUCCUCCCUCCAUUUGUACAGUGUUUUUUUUUUUUCCAUAUUAACACAAUCAUUCAAUGUAAUUAAAAUGUGUUGCAGAGCAACUGUGUGUAUACAAAAGUCAACGUUCUGAUGUAGGAGAAGGCAUUUAAAGCCGAGCCUUGCUGAGUGUCUAGGAAAAUUGCAGCUAAUAUUCAUGGUGUUUAUUCUGACUAUUAUUAUUAACUCACUGGAAACAGGAUGUAAUCUAUACAUGUGUACAUAGGUGUGUUAUUUAAAUGUAAAGAGACUGUGGGUAACACAGCUGGACUAUAGUGUGAGUUUAAAAAUAACAUCUGUUGUCAUGAUUGACUCUGUAUGUAAAUGGGAAAUUAAACUGGAAUAAAAUAAUCAAAAGAG